UUGGUUUGUUGACUUCUCGAAGCUUUUGAAGUUUUGCGAAUUAGCAAACAGUUUACGCAUGGGAAUGUCGUUAUUCCUCGCCUCGAUCUUUACAAAAUGCUGACAGAAAUAACUUAGAAACAUCCACUACUAAGAUGUCUGCUAAGCUCCUAUCAUCGCUUGUUCAAACUAAAUCUAUCGAGCUUGUAAUGGCACCGAUUGCAGCUCAGGUAUCCCAGCUGAUAAUACUAAAUGAAGCCGGAGAAAGGGAUGGUAUUCCUAUGCCAAACCUGGUCUCCUUUGCCAGGCAAAUCAAUGUCUCUAUCGAGAGCUUAGUGUUGGCUGCUCAGAGCCUUGUUUCUGACAGCAAUGAUGAGGAUUUAAAAAUAGAAAUGCCAGAGGCAUGUUCCAUGUUGCGAGCUGCUGGUAAUGGCCUUCAUGAAGCAACCAAUAAACUGUUGAUAGAACCCCAUUCCCAUGACGUUCGCUACAGUCUUGUGGAUUCAGCUCGGAAUAUCUUAGAAACAACAAUGAAUGUGCUUUUAGUGUAUGACAAGGCUGAAGUGCACAAGAUUGUAUGUGCAGCACACUGGGUCAUGGACAGACUUGGCCUGACUGAGGCAGUCACUUCUCUUAAAGGAUUUGUUGUCAGCUUCAAGGGAUUUUCAGAGUCACUGAUUCUUUUAGUCAGCCUGUGCGACAAGAGACAAAGAGAGCUGAGUAAUCCAAGUAAGAGAUCAAGGCUUUUAUCAGCCAUGGCAAUCCUUAAGAAAGCGGUUGGCUUGCUCUCCUCUACCAUGCAAUCUUAUCUUAAAAACCCAACAGAUGGACAGGCAAAGGCAAACAGGGAUUACGUUAUUGGUCAAAUAAAGUUUGCAUGUACAGAAAUUAUCAAAAUAGUAGAAUCCAGAGGUGAUGAAGAUGGGACAAUGGAGGAAUCUACUAAUAUGGCCUCUACAAUGGAAAAGGCUCAUCAUCAGCUUGGAGCGAGCACAAGACUAGAUACAUCAAACCAAAUGGACUGUUAUCUUGAUGCUAUAGUACGAAGCAGUAUGGCAGUAGCUCACACAUGUGAUGGAAUAUACAAAGAAAGAAUCGUACAGGCCUGUCAGAAAGUUUUAGAAACACGAAACGAGCUAGCAGAUUUACAGAAGGCAGUUAUGUCAAGCCCCGAUUCUCUCAGGAAAAGAAGAGAAUUUGACAUGACAGCAGAAAAGUUGUCUGUUGAACUGAAGAAACUUGACCGCCAGGUGACGACUGCCAUUGCAGACCAAGUGAGCACGAUGUUUUGUGAUGUGGAACUGCCUGUCUAUCAACUAUUGGCUGCUGCUACUGCUCCAGUACCUAGUGGCAGUACGACAGCCCAGGAUCAAGCCCUUCUGAAAACAAGACAAAAGGCAGAUCAGUUCGAUAAACACACGGCCAGGCUGGUACAAGUGUCUAGGCAAGCUGCUUCAGUAUCUGCUGAUACAGGGAGAGUUCAUAUCAUCAAAGCAAUAUCAGCAGAACUCGAGAAAAUGGCUCCAGUAAUCGCCACAACUGCUUGUGCAGUGAGGCAAAACCCAUACGAUGCAACUGGUGUGGAGAGACUGGGACUACUACGUCAAGAGUGGGCCAAUAGACUACAGAUAUUGACGGAUGCUGUAGAUGAUGUGACAGAUAUACAAGACCUGAUGGACACUACAGAGGCGCAUGUACAGCAUGAUGUCGCACUGUGUCACGAAGGACUAAUAGAAGAGAACACCGCUAAAAUAGUCCAGGCUUCUAGAGACGUGCUCGGACGAGGGCAUCGCGUGGUCCAGAUAGCAAAGAAGGCCAUGGCGAGUACUGCGAAUCCGUUAUUCAAAGGAGAACUACUGACAGCAGCGAAUGAAUUAAACACAGUUCUUCCUAACCUAAGUGCUGCCAUCGAGAGAGCCAUGACCAACCUGAAUAACAGUGAAAUACGAGAAAAGGUCAGCGAUAGUAUCAGAAGUGUCGGCGAAAAGAUUAAAACUAUCAAAACAACUGUGACAAGACCUACUGGUAGUUCACUAGAUUUUAUCAACGACAACCCGACACAAUCUGAAGCAGGCGACUUCAUUUCUAUGCCAACAAGCAAUGAUCUUGAGGCCAUUAAACCUGCGAAUGGAAUUUCCUCGUAUCAAGAAGAUGUUGUACAACCAGAAAACGAAAGAAUUACUUCAAGUUCGCCAUCACUAAAGUUGCUUGAAAAUGAAGUCGAGGAUGCUCCUGCUCCAAGGGCUAAACCCUUGCUUACUACGGAAAAGAAACUGUUGUCGAGUCGACCAAAAUCCACAUCUUCCCCAAGGCUUUUUAGGAAGCUAGACAACACAAAUCUUAGCCGAAGUCUUGAAAGUCUCCUCGUGAAACCACUGGAAGAUAUGAAAGACGUAGACAAGAGAGCGCUCUUAGGACUUGGUAAUGGAGCAGACACCAACUCCAGUCAUCUAAGCACCCUGUUAGGGCAACCCUUAAACCCGUCCCGUACCUCGAGGGCUCCUGUUACACGAUUGAUUCGAGCGGCAAAGGAAGGUGACCGAAAUAACAUCGAAAAACAUAUCAAAAACCUCGUUUCCCAGGUUACGAAGCUCAUGGAGUUGGCUGAAAAAUGUGUCGAGAAGUCCAGCAAAGUGGAACAAGUUAGCCAAAUUCGUACUGCAUCUGGAGAAAUCGAAAAACUCACCCCAAUCAUAACCCAGGCCGCUCGUGAUGUCACAGCCAACUCGCGUAACUUCAAAGCCGUGGAGCGCUUGCAUAUGAUUGGACGAGAGUGGGCGUCGAAAGCCCACUUACUUGGUAAUGCUAUAGAUGAGAUUGUAGCGCCUUGGUCAGCGGCUGCCUCGAAGCUUGCAUUGAAAGCUUCCUCGGGAGAUGCAGAUGAGCUUAAAAAACAGAUUAAUAACAUAAACAGUGAAGCAGUUCGCCUACGUCAGCUAUCAUCUGCUGCCAAGGCUGCUGCUGAUGCAGAGGACUACGCGAUGGAUCCUGGGAAUGAAAGUGACGUCUUAGAACGGGACCCAGCCUCUUUACAGCGGAUCGAGUUACUGCGUGUGUCGUCAAAUGAAAUUGACAAAGUUUUACCCGAACUAAUACUAGCUGCGCAGUCGGUGAUCGCAAACCCAACAGAAAUCACUCGAGUAGAAGCACUCGAAUUGUUGCGUAGGGUCUGGGCCGGCAAUGUUAAUAAUCUUAUUAUGGCAGUCGAUGAUGUAACCGUAGGGACCUCGGCUCCAGUCGAGCAUUUGACCAAUGCUACUUUGUCUGGUGACUAUCAUGCUUUGCAGGAAAGGUUACGGAUGGUGACGUCAUACACCAGAUCGCUUAAAGAAAUGACAAGUGCAGCAACAGUUGGAUGUUCUAAUCCGAAGAAAGCCGCUCUCGUGGAGUCCACUAUCGGAUCUGUUGAACGAUUAACCGCUGACCUACAAGACACGACACGCACCGUCAUUGAUCUCAGCACUCGGGAAAACAAGACAUUGGAACAACAACUUGCUUUUAUGAGUAUCGAGGAGAAGAUGAAUCUGAUGCGCAGGGAGUGGGCCACAAAGGUUCAUCUUCUGACCGCUCUGGUAGACGACCUAACUGCGCAUGUCUCUGCUCCAGUAGACCGCUUGGCAGGAGCAGCACUCGCCGCCACUAAAGCCGAGUUAGGACAGAAACACCUUAUGGAGAGAGAGUUUGAAGAUCAAGCACAAGAACUGUCCAGACGAGUGGUGCGGGUCAGAAACCAAGCCAGUAAAGCGGUCGAAAAAUCCACUCAUCCGAGUCAAGUCAGGACUGUUCGAGUUACUGGGGACUUUAUUGAUAGGCUGACACCACAGGUUAUAGGUGCGGCAAGAGCUUUGGCAGAUAAUCCUGACCAGGAUACAGUGGAACACUUUCAGAUGCUUAGACGUCAAUGGGCAUCCAAGGCCCAGUUGCUAAUAGCAACACUUGAAGGACUACCUGAUGCAAACAUGUUAGCUGUGAUGUCUGUUGUGCAAGAUCUUCUUAGUACUCGAGCAAACCUUCAAGGAGCAGCAAGUUUUGAGUCUUUAACAGAAGAUGAUUCCAUUGCAAUAUCAGGGACACCUCGACUCUUACCAUCUGCCACAGACUCGAGUAAACGUCAAGAACCUGUUGCCACGCAAUUCACGCCACCUCGACGGACCCCAUCUCCUCCAAGGAAGACUUUUUACGUAUCUCCCAAACCAGCACUGAAACCAUCACCAAGGAAAAGGGCACCAAAGGUUUUCUCAGCUUUUGAUGAUUCUGACAUUGGUAGAAAGACACGCCACCAUCACCGUGCACUGUCUGAUAGUGAAGCUCUUCCAGACAGCCCUGAACAACGUGUUCCUAUUGGUGCAUCAAGCAGUGAAACAGACCUCAAGUCUCUAUUAGUACAGGAACUAAACGAUAGAUUUUCGUCAAAUGAGUCUCUUAAACGGUCUAAAUGGGAUGCGAGGUACUGGGCUAAGUUUGAAGUGGAAAGACUGAAACAUCAACGUGCCUUCAGUAUGGCUAAUCUAUCGAGGACUAGUCCUGAAUGGAGAUCAGAUUCGGCUGAAGACUUGAGGGCAAGGAAGAGUUCAAAGUCCAUUGCUAUGGCAGCACAGCUUCUCCAAGAUGAAACAGACCAAUGGGAAGAAGAGAACAAUUCUAUUGUCAAAGUAGCCAAGAAAAUGGCGCUCCAGAUGAUGCAAAUGGCGCAGUUUUCAAGAGGACGAGGCGAUCUGCAGGACAAAAUGGAAAUGAUCAACACUGCUAAAGCCAUUGCAGCCAACGCCAAAACCAUCUUGAAAUUUGCUCAGAUCAUAGCUGACGCCUGUGUCGAUGAAAGGUGUCGAGAAGACUUGCUGUACUAUGCCGAAUGUCUGCCCACCAUGAGUACACAGCUGAAGAUCAUCUCUUCGGUUAAAGCAGCAACUCCUAGUGAUCCCUCG